CGAUAAUGGAGGAAUUCAGCAUUGUCCUUCAAUUUUGUAUAAAACGUAGGAUCGAAAAUUGAAUGAUCAGACUCGGCAAAUUGACUUUGUAGUGAUCAUAAAUCGUCUCAUCAACUUUAAAUAAUAAUGAAGCUUUUUGUUGCUGCUUUGCUCGUGGUUGCUGCCACAGCAACACCCGUGUUCCGUCGCCCCCGUUUGGUGGACAGACGUGUGGUCGGUGGCGAAGAUGCCGAGCCCGGUCAGUUCCCCCAUCAGGUCACCUUCCAAUACUACGGCAGCCACUUGUGCGGCGGCUCCGUUCUGGAUGAGAACACCGUGAUCACUGCUGCUCACUGCUGCGAUAUCUUCAGCGACCCCUCAGGCGCCUCUAUCAUUGCUGGAAACCAUCUUCUAGAGGGAUCUGACAGCACUGAGCAAGCCAUUGAUGUCGCCGACAUAAUCAUCAACGCCGACUUUGGCUUCGACUUGUCGAACGACAUUUGCUUGUUGAAGCUGGCAGAGCCUUUGGAACUCAAUGACGCUGUUCAGCCCAUUGCCCUGCCCGGUGACAGGGAAGAACCCGAAGAAGGUGAUAUUCUGAUUGCUUCCGGUUGGGGAACUACUUCCUCUGGCGGCAACUUGCCGGAAGUUCUGCAGUGGGUCCGAGUGCCCUACGUUAAUGACAACGUCUGCGAUAAUCUGAACGGUGGUGUUGCUGAGAGCAUGAUCUGCGCCGGAAACGUUGAAGACGGUGGUGUUGACACCUGCCAGGGAGAUUCCGGUGGCCCCUUGACCGAUGAAGCUGUGUCCAAAUUGCUCGGCUUGACCUCUUGGGGAUACGGCUGUGCUCAACCCGGAUACCCCGGGGUCUACACCCAAGUGUCCUACUUCUUGGACUGGAUUGCAGAGAACAGCAAAUAGAUUUCCUGUGAAUCCCUGGCUUCAAGACUUCAAAUCAUACCUGCGAUUGCAUCAUCACUUUACUCUUUUGUUGAGUUAAGCUGUGCGCAUGAAAUCUCCUUUUUGCGCCUUCGGAUUCCAUCAGCAAUGAAGUUCCUGCGUCGUCUCGCCGAAUAAUUGUUGGGGAUUAAAUAUAUCUUACUGUUUGCCGGAUCA